UUCAGUUGUCAAAAAUACUUCAAAGACGAAGAUUGUGAAAUUUAUUGAAUUUUAUUGCAAAACACUAAAUAAAAGUAAUGAAACUUAUUUACAACGCGUUGUAUGUGUGCAUAUCGACCUACAUAUUAACGUUAGCCAUGUGAUAAUUAAAUAUAUAGUUCCGUUUAGCAGCAAAAUAAACAAAUAAUCAAAAUGGCAAAGGAGAUGAUGAUAGUGUUUGUGUACGACACUCUGGCGUGCACGGCGGAGGAGGACGACCCGGCCGACGCCGUGCUGUACUUCCACCCGGGCUGGGUGUCCGACACGCAACGGCAUGCUCUCGCUGGACAGGUGGUGGGCGCGGCGCACUGCGUCAAGUCGCUGUUCUCGCAGCCGCUGGCCAUCACGCUGCAGAGCGGCAAGUUCAUCAUCCGGGAGUACGGGAGGUACAUACUGGCCAUAGGCAGCGACCGCAACAUCCCCGACUGGGUGCUAACCAACCGCGCGGACCUGCUGACGUCCAUGAUCCGCGUGUACCACGGCGACCUGGCGUGCCUCGCGCAGCAGCCUCGGGACGGGGCGCACCGGGACAAGCUUUACCAGAUGCUGGAGACGUACCUGCCGCAGCUGCAGUACGGCGCGCACUGCUUCCAGCGCGUGCCGGCGCUCACGCUGCCAAGGACUGAAGGAGGAGUGUUUAUGGAAGCCAUGCAGGUGCUGGAGUACUGUCGCAGGAAUAGAGGCGUGUUGGGCGGGAUCAUACUUUAUAAUAACAAAAUAGUAGCAACACAAAUCCCGCCCGGCCUGACCUCCUACCUAGCCGUAGUGGACCCGUACAGGAUCAAGUGCCCCGCCGAGCCGGUGAGCACGGUGGCGCCACUGCCGCUAGGCGCGCAGCUCCUGGCGGUGUACGUCGGAACUAAAACGUACGAGUCGCUGAAACGGCAAGCGGAGACGCUGCAACAGUUCUAUGAGAAUGGCGAGGAGAUGGUUGCUGGGUUUAGGAAGAAUGAAGCCGAGAAAGAGAAGCCAUUCCCACAAACGGGGAUGAAGCGAGACAAGUCGCUCCUCUUCACCGCUGUGCCAGAAGAGGACCACACGAUGAUCUCGCCGCCGACCAAUCAGGGCGAGGGCGCGCCCGAGACUCAGCGGAAACCCACGAGCAUUCCCGAUGUCGUGCCCUUCAACAACCGCCCGCGCCCGCGCCCCAACAAACUGUCGCUCAGCUUCAAAACACAACAGUCCGUCGACGAGGAAACAAAAGAAAACGAAAAAGUAUUCACAGGACAGACCAGCGUAUGUUCCACCCCCAUGGUGGAGUACAAACGCUUGCACGGAAACGUACUCUCUAUCUGCCAAAACCCCGACACUCAAGUGCCAAAAGAAACGGAACCCGACGUGCUAAAGAACAUAGAAAAUUGUGCCAAUUACGAUGCCCUAGAAAGGGAAAAGAAGGACAAUAAAAUGAGCUUGCAGUUUAACUGUAUAGGCGACCAUUAUAUCAACAAACCCGCGCCCAUGAAGAAACCAGCCAGCGUCAUAGACAUACAAGAGAGUAUGCGGACGAUUUCGAACAGAGCCACUUCGAAAUUUAAAUUAAAAAGUCCUAAAACAGAAGACGAUAAUACUCCGACCUCUCCAGAGAGAAUGCAGAAGUCUGUUAGCACCAUGACAAUAAACGACCCUUCCUUCCCAGUGUUCCGGGAAGAUGGUAAAGAAAUAUCUGAGUCUUUGUUCAAGCAGUACCUAGAGCAGCACUACGCUUCAAUGAAACAGGAUCUAUCCAAAGAGGAUAACCUCUUCACGUUCAAUAUGAAACUGGCCGAAAAUAAAUUCGAAGGUUUCGACUCUGAAAUCACGAACUCACCGCACAGAACGCCGAAGAAAAAAGCCAAAGACAAAGAAUCUACAAUAAACAAAACACUGCCAGUGGACCAAAGCAGGCGAAAAUCGUUGUCUUUGCCCUUAAAAUCGCUGUCAGAGAGUUCGGAUUCGCAAAUAGGUUCGGAUAGUGAAGGAGUUAGUUUUAAGAAGAAGUUGAGUGGCGUUCAGUUGACUCCGUUGAUGGAGAAGCUGACUCAUUUGGCGUUUUCUGACAAGUCCAGUGGGUACAGCAGCCGAGUCAUGACGCCGCUUGAACUGAGGGAAUUCACGCCUUCUACUGAGAAGCAGACUUCCUUUGCGGAUAGAUCAAAACCCCACGGGCCAGGGUGUGAGGAUGACGAGGAUUCUGAUGUAGACUUGGAUCUUUUGCCAGAGUACAGCAAACACUCUGUGAAAACUGCACUGUUCGUCUGUGGUCUACAGAACAUGGCACUCCUAGUCUUGGUAGAAAUGGAUAAAGUGGAUAACCCAGAACUUAUUAACAAUUUGUGGGAGACCUCCCUCAACGCGCUCGGCCCAAUAGAGCACUCCUGCAUGGCGGUGGCCGCGGCGUCCGACGCCACGGACUACAGCUACCUGACGCUGGAGCCGGCGUGGGGCGCCGUGCACCGCGGCGGGCGCUGGGCCUCGCUGGACCUGGCCGCCAUGGGGCUGCAACACGCGGAGAGAGCCGCCGACCCGCUGCUCAAGCAGAUUGCUACGAGAACGGACGACAGCGUAGUCCUGGGCUCCAUGUGCGGCGGCGCCGAAGUAUACUACCAAGAGAACAGCGUGCGGCAGCCGGGCCCACCAGCUCCUUCCGACGCGCUCGCCGCCGCGCCCAACCGCGCCAAGAGACGGUUGAUGAGGGACCUGGCCGUGGUGCUGUUGUAAACUGGAUCUGGUUGUAGGAGUUAUAGGAGUGGGUUUUGGAUGUCGUUUAGCCAUAGAAGUCGAGAGACCGCUGUGGUGCUCUUAGAAACUGUAUCUAGGAGGAAUAAGUGUGGGUUAUCGUUGGAUGUUUUUAAUCAUAGAGGUUCAGAGACAGACCGCUAGUGGUGUUAAUACAACAGAAAUAAGUGUAGGUUUUGGUUGGAUGUCCUUUAGGCAUAGAAGUCUCUCGACAGAUCGUUGGGUGCUGUUGCAAUCUGGAUCUAUUUGUGUAGAAUAAGAGCGCAUUUUCAAUGCUCGAUAUCCUAUGGAAAUAGGAGUGAAUAACCCGCCUAUGGUGGUUUUCAAUUUGUACCCAUGGUGGUAUCAAUGGACAGUAGUCGAGUCUUCAAACUAGUUUUGAGGAGCUUGGCUGUAACUGGUGUGUACUAGAUAGUUCUGUGAGCAGUUAGCCAACAGACAAGAGAUAUCCGACACCUGAUAGUUAAUCUGUAGAUAUUUUGACUAUUUUUGAGUUGGAAAAUUCAUCGAGAAUGUAAGUAACAGAAGUAGUAG